CAUGACAACCAAGUUGACGUUGCUGCCAUUUCAAAAGCUUAGAAAGGAAGAACGCUCUGUUUCCUGCUUUUUCGUCUAUCCUUCAUGUCCUCUGCUAAAAUUUUAAUUCUAUCUAUAUAAUUUACAUCCCUACACACAGAGAUGACGGCGUCUCUAAGAAAUUCACCUGCAAUCCAUUGGACCUUGUUUCCCAAUCCCAAUGCUUCCUCUCAGGUACCCCAGAUAGGGCUUCCGAAGCCUGCGUUCUUCCCUUGUUCCAGAAGAGGCCUUCCCUUUUUAGUCAAGGCAGAGCUAACGCCUGCGGCCUCGACUUCUACUCGGCAAGAUAGAUUGGGGAGACGGCAAGUGCUUUCUGUUGGGCCAAUAACGACUUGGGUUUCUUUGUUAUAUUCAACUUCCUCAUCUUUUGCUGCAGAAGCUAAAAAAGGAUUUUUGACAGUCGUAGACAAGAAGGAUGGAUAUUCAUUUCUCUACCCAUUUGGAUGGCAGGAAGUAGUCAUUGAAGGUCAAGAUAAAGUAUUCAAAGAUGUAAUUGAGCCAUUAGAAAGUGUCAGCGUAAAUAUGGUUCCAACAAUCAAACAGGACAUUCGAGACCUUGGAUCCCCACAAGAGGUUGCUCAAGCUUUAAUAAAAAAAGUAUUAGUCCCUCCUUCGCAGAAAAGCAAGCUAGUGGAAGCAACAGAGCAUGAUGUUGAUGGAAAAACUUAUUACACAUUUGAGUUUGUUGCUCAAGCUUCAAACUUUACCCGGCAUGCUCUUGGUGCAAUCUCAAUUGGAAAUGGUAAGUUUUACACCAUAACAACAGGAGCCAAUGAAAGGAGAUGGGGGAAGAUGAAAGAUAAAUUGAACACUGUUAUUGAUUCCUUCAAAAUCUUCAAUGUUUGAGGCUGUCACCUGCUUCUCUAAACCAGAUUAGGAGUAACCCACUUCCUGAUAGCAAGAGCGUUUUGCUCCAUGACAGGUGUUAUGUCUGGGAAUUACUGUUGCCUGAUCU